AUGGUGCACGUUGCCAUGUCCAGUCACAUUGAGCAGGCUGCCACUUGCUUGCGUUGCGGCAACCACAACGGAGCCGCUGCCGCGCUGCGGGAGCUGGAGGUGGGUGAGGGUGUGCGGACGCUACAAACUGCAAUGCAGUGCCUCAUGAACGAGAAUGGCGAGAGCGAUGACGUGUAUGUCCGCUUUGUCGCCUUCAAGGUGCUGGCGUAUGCGCUGACGCGCUGUCGACAUGGCCGUCGGCAGCAAAGCGACACGGUGAUCACUUUUCUACUCGGUUACGCCUAUCAAAUGGCGGCGGAGGUGGAGACACCCGCGUGGACGCCGGUAGUGUCGGAACUCGCCACAGCCACAGCUGUGGCGCUCAAACUCGGCUGCGUCGGCGAUAACCUCGACGCUUGCGUGGAGGAGGUAACGGCAGUAUGCUCGGGCCUUGUUGAUUUGGCGCAGACCUGCACUCCAUCUCCGAAGGCAUAUCUUCAUCGCAUCAUCUGCCAGUCCGCUGUGGAGGAGUUUGGUCUUUUUAGCGGGCCCUCUCGCUAUCGAGGAUUGCCAAUGCGUGUGCACCGGCGCUGCCGGAAACUGUUCGCCGAGGAGGGUCGUCUACCCACCCUAAUUCAGGCCCUCCUUCGUGGCCUCCUCUUGUCAGCAGGCGAGUCAUCUAUGUCUGUGGACAAGGGGCUAACGGUGUUGGUGUCGUGCCUAGCCUGGCCGUCACAUCAGUUUUUCGAGGAGGACUCGUCGACCGAGGAGUCGUGUGGCGUUUUUUACGUCGCCCAUGAGGAGUGGGAUCGGCUGCUUGUCGGCGACGUGGGCCUCGAGAGCGGCGCGUGCGUCACUGUGCACGGUGUGUUGCGCGAGUGGUACGAAAGCGGCGCCGUGAACGGCGUGCCGGCCAAUCGGCAGAAGGUCAUCGAGAUUAUACAGCUCUUGUGCUCAUUCAAGGGCAGUGAAUGGACGGAGGGGCAGACACUGCGCUUCCUUGUGUCUUCCCUGUCGCUCUGCCUGGAUGUGUUCGCGCACCUGUCCCGGUGGGCCACGAAAGACGAUUUUCACCUUUUCCCACUUUUGGCCAACGCCAUCCUGCGACUGGUGUCAAACUACGUGGAGUUCUUCUUUCACCCGCAGGCACACACCCUCGUCUCGCGACUGACAGCCUUGACAGACUUUCUCAUUCGACGCGACACUUCGAGCAACACGGACACUGAUGUGAUGUCGUGUGUGGAUGAGAUGCUGAGCGUCUGGUUUCACUUAACGUCCUACAUUGAACGUAGCAGCUUUUCCGGAAACGGCUUCGAGACGAUCGCGCAACGCCACCUUAUUAGCCAAGGCUGCCAAUCCAUCUUCUCCACGUACCUCGACACCAAAGUUAACACCGACGCCGCCGAGCUGGAGCUGGACUGCUUUGCCGACACCUUCACGAAUUCGCACCUACACCUCGUUGCGCAGGUCGGCCGCCUCUGCGCUAGCGACACAUGCGAGCUGCUCAUCCGAUACUUGCGGUCGCUGCGAUCCACCUUGGCGAGCACCCUCGGUGCUGGCGGCACUGCUCCUACGCCGCUCUUCGAGGCUCUUUGGACGCUGCUGAAGAUUGUCGGCCUCUUCAUUGCCGACCCGCUCGAGGGUGAGCAGUCCUACAUCCCCCGCUGCUUCCUUGAGAUGGGCUCACAAGGCAGUGCGUUGCUGCUUCACGUUGUCAAGGAGCUGGAUGCACUUCUGCCACUACUGCAGAACCCUGCAGCGGCGAGCCCGGCAGUGCUCGCGGCCUUCCUCGACGUCUUCACCCAGUACAUCACAACGUAUGUGGAGGCCGAGGAAAGCUGCACCCUCUACGCCGACGCCUUCAGCGGUGGCGCGGACAUGGUUGCUCAGUCGCUGCUUGCUGUAGUGGGUGCACUACGCCUCACUCCCUUCGAGGAGGAGUCGACCUCUGCAGCUUGUCGGCUACUCGACUGCUUGGCAGACAAGAGCAGCCGCGUGCGCAGCUUCUGCCACCGUCAAGAUGCGUUUCAGGCGUUGACGCGGGCUGUACAGGACAUUCAUCAAUUUCGCUUUUACGGACAUACACGGGGGCGCCUCAUCGCGUUUGUCAUCUCGUGCUGCUCAGACGCGGACAGCGUGCAAGCACAGCUUCACGAAUUCGCCCUCUCGCCGUCCUCUGAGGAUGACGUGAACCUGGUGCUAGAGCUGCUGAGCUCACUGGCGGGGCUUUUUGAGUCGCUGCACAGCCAGCAGGUUAUUCGGUGUGUCUUUCCGGCCUUGCUCACAACAGGACAGCGACUGAUUGGCGUCUCCGCCUCGAAGUUCUAUGAGCGCGAGAUCGUGAUCGAGUCUGUGCAGUGUGUGCGCAGCAUGUUCGUCACCUGCUCGCCUCUUCUGGAGGACAGCGACACUCGCAUGCUGCUGGACCUCGUCGUCGCGGAGCUGCGCUACGCUGUGACGGCCCUGCAGAGCAGCAGCGCGUGGACGUCUGCUGACGGCGAGGGCGACAAAGCCGAGUUCAUUAUCGCAACCGCGAGGCUUCUCAGUUCGCUGGCGCAGUGGAAGGCGCUCGACUGCUUUCUCUCCGACGACGACACACGCGCAGUCUCGAUUGCCACAGUGGAGGCCGCCGGCGCGUUGCUGCGCCACAUGGACGAGCGCUCACUGAGCUUGCCGAGUCUCGAGGAUGGUAUUUUCACCUGUAUGGAGCUCUGCGCCGAGUCUUUCACCGCUGACUUUGUGUUUGCCAGCUGCUCCGAUGCGUUUCUCUCCGCUAUGCUAUACGCACUCAACAGUGAACGGGCCAACAUCCAACGCGCCGGCAUCUCCGUCACUGCCAGCGUCGCAGCCUUCUUGGAGGCUGCCACUCCGCCGGCGAGUCACGCCAGCGCGUGUUGCGACCUGCUGAGGGUCGUGCUGCGCUCCCUGACAUCCGGAAAGGUGUUUAACAAUCUGCGGCAGAUAUCUCGUGUCCUUCUCCUUUUGGUUCGAGGCGUGCCGUACGAUAGCGUGGUUGCAACGGUAGAGGCUGCGGUGAGGGAGGUCGCCAACUGCGACGCGUUUGUCGCCGCCAUCUUCCCAGCACUCCAGUCGGCUGCCGGGAGCGCCAACGCGACCGAGUCUGGCUUUGAAGAGCUAUUACAAGAUGCUCUAUCCUCUCUUCACGGCACUACCAUCAUGGGGGCCUAG